GUUAAGUUGCCCGAGGUUCAAAAGAAACCCGCCGAUUGUUAUUUUAUUUUACUUAGAAUGGCUAAUCUGUUAUUCGGCAUGGAUGAAAACAAAAUAGUUUGAGAAUAGUUGUCCGUUUGACCCGAAGAUCCACGAAUCCGUAGCGGGAAGCCCGCGAGUCGUCGGUCAACAGAGAUAUGUGCACAAUAUGUGUGUACUUAAGCCGUUCGCGAGUGGCGUGCUAUCGAGUUUCGCGGCGGACGACGACGAGCACGCACGCUCCCCACACGCGCUCCAGUGACGAUAGACUCAUUGCUGAGUGAGGGUGGACGUGGAACGUGCCAGAGACUGAGGGACAAUUGGUGCAAUCAUCUCGUUGAGCGUAAACAAACGAAGUCAAUAUGAGCCGCUUGUUGGCGGUGUUCGCAUGCCUGUGCGCGGUCAUUGCGCUCGCACACUCGGCUGCGGUGCCCACCCAGGACACCAUGGUAGUCGCCAAGUCUGAUGAUGGAGUCACCGUUGCAACUAACUCAGCACCAGCUGUGACUGAGGUCACGACUGAAGAAUCCAGCCCACCAAUUAAACUGACAGAGAUGGACGUCAUAUCUGAGGUGUCACUUCGGUAUGCGCAUACGACGGUCGUGGCGAAAGUAAGAAACCCUGCCAAGAAGGCCCAGGAGGCCAACUUCAGGGUCCUACUGCCCGAGACUGCCUUCAUCAGCGGAUUUGUUAUGACACUCGAUGGAAAGUCCUACAAGGCGUACGUGAAAGAAAAGGAAGAAGCAAAACAGAUUUACCAAAGUGCGGUCGAUCAGGGAAUCGGUGCAGCUCAUAUUUCUGCCAAAGCUCGUGAUUCAAACCACUUCACCGUUUCCGUGAACGUGGAAGCUUCAUCAAACGCAAUCUUCAACUUGACUUACGAAGAGUUGUUGGUGAGACGUAAUGGUGUAUACAACCAUGCCAUCAAUCUGCACCCUGGAGCGCUGGUGCCCAAGCUUACAGUCACCGUCCAUAUCAAAGAGACUGAGAAACUUGUGGAGCUAAGAGUACCAGAGAUUAGGACUGGAAACGAAAUUGAUGCUACUAAGGAUGAUGCCCAAAACUCAAAGGUAUCUAUCGUAAGAGCGCACGACGAUCGCGAGGCGACCAUCACGUUUACACCAGACCUCCAAGAACAGGAGAGACUAAUUCAAAUCUAUGCUCAAAAGUCCAAGGAGUCUGCUACUGCUACUCACUCGUAUUCUUCAUGGUCAUCUUACUCGGAGCCUCCCGAACCCACUCCAGAAGGAGUGCUUGGUCAAUUCGUAGUGCAGUAUGAUGUGGCUCGUCCUAAAGACGGUGAAAUUCUGGUGAACGAUGGCUAUUUCGUUCAUUUCUUCGCACCGACGGAGCUCCCGCCUUUGAACAAGUUCGUGGUGUUCGUCUUGGACACGUCUGGCUCCAUGAUGGACCGCAAGAUUGUUCAACUGAGGGAAGCCAUGCAGACUAUCCUCUCAGAACUUAAUGAAGGCGAUUACUUCAGUAUUGUGGAGUUUGCCUCUGUUGUCACGGUGCACGAUCUCAAAGAAGCAGAAGGUGAACCCCCAAAGAAUCAUUAUUCAUAUUUCGAUUAUCAUGACAAACAAGUGAACCUGGUGCCACCGUCGAGGGCCACUAAAGAAAACAUUGCUCGCGCCAAAGUUAUUGUCAACUGGCUGCAAGCUUCUGGAGGUACUAACAUCGGAAGAGCCUUGGACGUGGCUGUGGACCUGAUAAACAAGGGUGUGGACUGGACCGUUCCCCUACCUGUUGCUGUGUCCACUAACGCCUCUGACAGUGCUGCCCCAACUACCGAAGCUGUUGUAACUACCGAAGCUGUUGCAACUACCCAAGCUGUUGUAACUGCUGAAGUUGCUGAGAAGAAAGAAACCAAAACCCUGGAGCCUAUCAUAAUCUUCCUGACUGACGGAGAUCCAACUGUCGGCGAGACUGACCCCAAGCGCAUCAUCACUCACGUACAAGAAAAAAACUCCGGACCUAACAAGGCUACUAUCUACUGCCUUGCUUUUGGAUUCAUGCGACACAUCUACGAAGCGGCGGACGCGGCUCUGCAAUUACGCGACUUCUACCGACAGAUCUCGUCCCCGCUUCUCGCUAAUGUCAAAUUCAGCUACCCUCCUGGACAGGUUCGCUCAGAGUCUCUGACUCAACAUCAGUUCCGCACGUACUACGCUGGCUCCGAGUUGGUGGUGGCCGGACAAGUGCUCGACGUGCCUGAGCUUGCACCCACCGUCGAAGCCUUCUGCGGCGUCAGCGAUGGGAAGGGCAGGAAACGCUUGGAGAUCUUACCAAAGGCUCCCAUUGAGAAGAAGAAACAAGGAACUUUGCCUCUGGAACGACUAUGGUCCUACCUGACCAUCAAACAGCUGUUGGACCAACGUGAUGCUUCUGAUGACGCCGAGCCUGCUGAUAAGGAAAACACUCCUGAGAAGAAGGCUCUGGCAUUGGCAUUGAAGUAUGCGUUCGUAACACCAUUGACGUCUCUUGUGGUGGUGAAGCCCAACGCUACUAAUGCGGUUAACGCCGAGUCUGUGGAUAAAGCAGGUGAUGAUGACUUUGAUCUACUAGCUCCUGGAGGCGGUGGAGGUUUCGCUGGCAUUCCUUUGUCAGUAAACUUGGCUCGUCCGAUGGCAAGCCACGCGGCUUUCGGUCUGUCGGGUCCUGGCUACUUCACUCCUCUCUCUCUUCCAGCACCGGCGGCACCAAGUAGCGCCUUCGCCAGCAUAGGUAGUUUUUCGGCGCCGGAGUCUCUCGACGUACUGGAGGAAGCCGAAGUAGAGGAAUAUUCAUUGGAAAGUGAUAAAGGUUAUAGUAGUGCUGGCUACCCUCUCUAUAACAGGGUAACUACAUCGGCUCGGACUAGUUCGAUCACAUCUUUUAAUCGAAAUAAUUUACUGCUAUAUAGAAGUAGACCAGCUUUUUAUCCCAGUGCUGCUUCAUUCGGUUUAAACGCAGGAUUCGGAUUCGGAGGAGCGAUUACUACACCGGUGCCUCCUCUGUACUUACCGACUUAUGCGCCUUCAACCACUUCACGUCCGGCCUUGGCGGACUUCCACCUGCAGGGCUACAGUUGGCUGGAGUCACUCCUAGACGCUAGUGCGAGCUCCAUUGUACUGCCCACUAACGACACCACGGUCACCUUGAAGCUAUCCAAAGACCCAGUGGCUCCGAAAGAAGCAAGUGGUGACGCAGAAUGCUCGAACGCGGUGGAGGGCGGCGCAGGACUAUGUGUGUACCUCACAAGAUGUGACGGUGUUAAAGACAUCACUCUGGACGUUUACAAGACUACAUACUGCACACUCAGUCAAGGAUUUGCUGGAGUUUGCUGUCAACAGAAGAAAAUCGACUUAACACAUUAACAAUUAAGAUCUAGGUAGAAUUAAACCAUAACAAUAACAAAUGAGAUAAAUAACAAUUAAAAUACUGUGAUUACUGUGAAUAUAGAAAAGACAAAAGAAAAUAUACAAAAUAAGCAAUAUUUUAAACUACAAUAUGUCUAUGAAUAACCAUUUAUAAUCGUGCCUAUACAGUGAGAUUCCUUGCAUGGGUUUGUAUUUUAAUAUGAACUGAAACGUUUUGAACAAAUGUUACCUAAGUAAUUACAGAAAACUUAAGGUGCUAGAUUAAUCAAUUAGUGCCAUUAUUAGAAUAAAACAUGACCUACUGUUGUGAAAUGUACCUAGUUUUCGUAUUUUUACAAUUGAAUCUUAAAUAAAGAUAAGAUAAUUUUUCAAUAGAUAAUGCUUUAUUAUUUUUUGCCCACGUCUUCUCAGCCCGGAACCCACUUCAACACAUAACGAGCGUCAGAGAUGGAUUAACCCCUGGUAUGCCGGAACGUAGAUAUACGCGAGACACAAUGUGUUUUUAUUGUGUCUCAUAUGCCGGCAGAUAAGAGGUUAAACCUAGAUAGCGCCCUAGGCAAGCACCUCGUUCAGUAUUUUAUUGGUGCCGCCGCGCCGCCACUUUGUGGACAGUUGGGAACGCACGGCUCUGUAACCUGGCGCCCUAGGCACUUAC